CCUGGCCCGGCCCUGAUGUUUACCGCCACUAGAGCCGCGGCAGCGGCAGCGGCGGCGCCGUGGGGCGCGCGCGUGCCCUGCGGCCGCAGACUGCGCUCCACCGUCCCGCUCUCCACCAGCACCGAUGACCGGAGCGGCGGCCGCGGGCCGGCCCGGUCCCGCUCUCCCUCCACGAUCUCUGUGGACUUCACCGAGACCAGAGGAGCCUAUAAGAGCAAAGACUCUUUAGAACUGCUCCGGAGUUUGGUGGUUCUGAAACUGUGUUCCUAUGACGUCAUGGUGGAGAAGAAUCAAGAGAUCAUGGAUCUGGGUAAGACCAUUCUGGGCCAGAAGGCCUUCGACCAGCUCCUGAAGAUGACUUUCUACGGCCAGUUUGUUGCUGGCGAGGACCAGAACGCCAUCAAACCCCUGAUUGAGAAGAACCGGGCCUUUGGCGUGGGCUCCGUGCUGGACUACAGCGUUGAAGAAGACAUCGGUAGCAGCAAACAGAAAGAGACAAACUCAUGCGCAUCUGCUGCAGGGAAACACAGCCUAGGCGAGGACCACAGAGAGAAGGAAUCUGAAGAACUAUUUGUUAGCGGGCAGGGGGGAUGGAAUGCAGCCCGCACAUAUUCUCACCCAGAUGAAGCCAAGUGUGACCAGCAUAUGGAAACCUUUAUCAAAUGCAUCAAAGCAUCUGGUGGGAGUUCGAUUGAGGGCUUCUCCGCCAUUAAAAUGACGGCGUUAGGACGACCUCAGCUUCUGCUUCAAUACUCAGAGGUUCUGAUGAAAUGGCAGCGAUUUUUCACCUUCCUGGCAUCACAGCAGGGAAAAGAUGGCAUGGAGGCUGUGGAGCAGAGGCUGGAGCUGACGCAGCUGCAGGAUUUCUUGACCAAAGUGGGGGCCAAAGGCGACUUUCAUGGCUGGUUUACUGGAAAACAAGAAUCCACGGGACUCAUUGACAUUCUGGACUGGAAAAGUCUUCUAGAUGACAGAGAAAACGCAUCAGAUCUGCUGGUUGUUCCAAAUUUGGAGCUCGGUGAAUUGGAGCCGCUUUUUAAGAAGUUUAGGACGGAUGAGGAGAAAGAGAUGAAGAGGAUAAUGCAGCGCCUAGACGUCCUAGCGAAGCACGCUGUGGAGAAUGGAGUUCGGUUGAUGGUGGAUGCAGAGCAGACCUAUCUCCAGCCCGCCAUCAGUAAACUGACCGUGGACCUGCAGAGGCUCCAGAACCGAGAGAAGCCGGUCAUUUUCAACACCUACCAGUGCUACCUGAAGGAAGCCUACGACAGCAUGACCGCGGACGUUCAACUGUCGAAGCGUGAGGGUUGGCACUUUGCUGCCAAACUGGUUCGGGGGGCGUACAUGGAUCAGGAGCGGGAGAGGGCGGCGGAGAUUGGAUAUGAAGACCCCAUCAACCCUGACUAUGAGGCUACCAGCAGGAUGUACCACAGGUGCCUGGAUUACCUGUUGGAUGAGAUUGCACUAAACAGAAGAGCCCGUGUUAUGGUUGCUUCCCACAAUGAAGACACAGUGAAACACACCCUAAGAAGGAUGAAUACGUUAGGCCUUUUACCCAGAGAAAACCUGGUGUACUUCGGUCAGCUUCUGGGCAUGUGUGAUCAGAUCAGCUUCCCACUGGGCCAGGCCGGCUUCGCCGUCUAUAAGUACGUCCCGUACGGGCCGGUGAGCGAGGUGAUGCCUUACCUGUCCCGGCGAGCGCAGGAGAACCGGGGCUUCAUGAAAGGUGUGCAGAAGGAGCGAGAGCUGCUGUGGAAGGAGCUGAAACGCAGACUGGCCUCUGGGGAGCUCCUGCACAGGCCGCUGUACUGAGGGCGCAGAAGAGGAGGCUCCGAGCUCCAUAGCUCCUGUCUGAUCCGAUUCUCCGAGGUUCCCUCACUUUAUGGGCCUUCUUUGGGUUAUUCUUCUCCUUCAGUUUUCGUUUUCAUCCCCCACUGCAUCCAUAAGUAUUCUUCAUUCCUGUCACCUGGUUGUCUGUGGAGCUCUGGAAUCCAUCAAGACGGCAUUUUUACUGCUCCAAAAGGACUGCCUAAAAUGUCAACAAGCCUGGGCCGGCCAGCCUCCUUUAUGAUCCUAUUUAUCUUCCACGGGGAAAACAACCUGAAAAUAAUGGCCUUGAUUUAAAUUUUCAGCAAAAAAGGGGAUUCUCUAAGCAAUCGUGUUUCUCUUUUUUUCCCCGUCAGCCACGCAGCACCUGCAGACGCCGCCUGUACGGCACAUGUGUGUCCGGGGUUUCAAAUAUUGCUCAUUUGUGAGGCGCUGAGUGUAAGGCUGGCUGCACACACGCGCUCUGUUAUUGUGUUCACCAGAAGAAGCUGUAUUGUUGGUCAGUGAGGUGUUGCAGGAGAAAAUACGCCGUUCAGUUCUCACUGAGCAAAUCUCAUUUUAAUGGAGGAACAUGCAAGCCUGGCAGAUUGUUUUUUUAUUUAAUAAAUAAUACGUGAAGCAAUAAAAACAGUGGUUUGGAAAUCAGCACUUAUGUAAAUAUAUUUGAUGCUCUUUAUUUGAAUAUUUGGGUUUAUGAAACUGCUGAAUAAAUAUGAACAGAAGGAGGAAAUACUUUUAAUUCUACAAAGACUUCUUGUAAUUGAUUGUACUUUUGUGGAUGCACUGUAUAAAGAGGUAGCCUAAAAAAAGAAGAAAAACAAUAGAAAGGAGCUGUGCAAAAAGUCAUUUUUACUUAGCAAGAAAUGUUAUAAUAAGAAAGUAGGAAAAGGAGUUCCACAAAAGCCUUUAAA